AUGGGCAAAAUCGCAUCAGCGGAGUACUUUCGGGUUCCGCCGCGGUGGCUCUUUAUUAAGAUCACAGAUGACACGGGCGCUGUUGGAUGGGGAGAAGCGUCUCUUGAGGGCCACACCAGUGCGGUGGAGGGUUGCCUGGAUGCAUGGUUUGAGAGAUAUAAAGGGUUAGAGGCAGAAGACAUUGAGAACAUCUGGCAGCUGUCUUGGCGAGGCAGCUUCUACCGUGGAGGACCGGUUUUCAUGAGCGCCUUGUCUGGCAUUGACAUUGCGCUUUGGGAUCUAAAAGUAGCCAGGAAACUCGGGGUGCCUAUAUACCACCUCCUGGGCGGCAAAAUGCGAGACAGAAUUCGUGUCUACGCGUGGAUUGGCGGCGACAGGCCCCGCGAAGUUGAGGCUCAGGCCCAGGCUCGCAAAGAACAGGGAUUCCACGCCGUGAAGAUGAACGGCACGGGAGACACGGCGUGGCUAGAUUCUCCCUCCAUGCUGACAGAGGUUGUCAGCAGGGUCAAAGCCGUGAAGGAAUUGGGGAUCGACGUUGCCGUGGACUUCCACGGACGGGUCCAUAGACCCAUGGCCAAACGCCUUGCGAGGGCGCUUGAACCGCACGAACCGCUGUUCAUCGAAGAGCCUCUCCUGGUGGAACAUAUCGGGGCUAUCAAGCAGGUGUCGGAAUUGACCGCCAUCCCGAUCGCUCUCGGGGAGCGGCUUCACAGCCGCUGGGAUGUGAGGCCGUUCCUGGAAAGCGGUUGCGUGGACAUCUUGCAACCGGAUAUCUGCCACAUCGGAGGGAUCUCGGAGAUGAAGCGCGUCGCGGCAAUGUGCGAGGCCUACGACGUUGGUGUCGCUCCUCAUUGUCCGCUCGGUCCUAUCGCGCUGGCGGCCAACAUGCAGGUGAACGCGACGAUGGCGAAUUUUGCUAUCCAGGAGAUGGGCAUCGGCAUGCAUUAUAAUCACACCGGGCAAGAUGUCACCAGCUAUAUCACCAAUCCGGAAGUUUGGAAUGUGGAGGAUGGGCAUCUGAAUGUCUUGUCUGGACCGGGGUUGGGGAUUGAAAUCAAAGAGGCAGAAGUGAAGGAGCUGUCUACGAAUUCGAAGACGUGGAAGAUUCCUGAGUUCCGAGGUCCUUGUGGGGAACUUCGCGAGUGGUACGAUGACAGCAUUAUGAUAAGAUCAUCGAGACAGAUAUAG